AUGCAGGGAGACUUUGCGGGCGACUUUGACGGCGCCGGAGACGGGCUGUCGCUCUUCUUCUUCUUCGACGGAGCUGGAGUAGGAGAGUCCGACGACGACGACGGGGAGGUCGCCGGUGACUUCCCCUUCUUUCCCCCGGAGGUGGAGUUCGACGAUUUCGACGGUGACGGAGCCUUGGCCGGUGAUUUCUUCGGCGAGGCGCCCUUGGACGGAGCCUUGGCCGUCUUCUUGGGAAACUCCCGCCGCACCAUCCACUUGCUCGACACCGCGAUGGCGCGACCCUCCCGGCGGCGUCGGAGCUGGCUCCCUCGCUGGCGACGCUGA